AUGUCAAAUUUGUCAGAGAUAAUCAACACCCAAAACAAGCUUGAAGAAAGUAUCUCGAAGAGAUUUGAUGAUCUCCAAGCUCAAAUCACUAAUGCCGGGUCCUCAAAAGAUACGGUAGCGAAGGUUGCUGAAGAGCUCCGGAACUUCAGGGAGCUAAUUUUUGGCAUUCUCAGUCUUCUUCGCCAACAAAUAAGGGAGUGUGCCAAGCAAGUGGAUGACAUUGACACAAGGAGUCGCAGGAAAGCCCUUAUUGUAACAGGUUUACCUGAGAAGAACAAUGAAGAUUGCACCCAAUUACUUAUCGAGGUGUUCAAUAAAAAGUUGGGGCUCAACGACAUGUCCAAGUCAUCCUUCAAGGUGUGUCAUAGACUAGGUGCACCCAGUAAAGAGCACCACCGACCCGUCUUGGUCAGGUUCACCAGCAUGGACUCUAGAAUGUUUGUUUGGAAGGCUAAAACAAAGCUGAAGGGCUCCCCAAUAGCCCUGAAGGAGUUCUUGACGAGAGUAAGGCAAGCAGUCUUCACCAAAGCUCGUCUUCAUUUCGGAAUGCGCUCUGUCUGGACACAGGGUGGUGUUAUAUUCAUUAAAACUGCUUGCGGGAGCAACUAUAAAGUCACCACAGAAGAAGAGCUGGUCCCUCUCAUCGUCAAGUACCCGAAGUCACUGGGCAAGUCUUCUUCAAAGGAUAACAACUCGGGUAGUAGAUCU